AUGUGGGACCCAUGCUGGACCCAUGUGGGUCUCAUAUUGGACCCAUGUGGGACCCAUGCUGGACCCAUGUGGGUCUCAUAUUGGACCCAUGUGGGACCCAUACUGGACCCAUGUGGGACCCAUGCUGGACCCAUGUGGGACCCAUACUGGACCCAUGUGGGACCCAUGCUGGACCCAUGUGGGUCUCAUAUUGGACCCAUGUGGGACCCAUACUGGACCCAUGUGGGACCCAUGCUGGACCCAUGUGGGUCUCAUAUUGGACCCAUGUGGGACCCGUACUGGACCCCCAGUGGUUUCGACCUCGGUCAGUGGAGGUCGACCUUCAUGGACAGUCGCCGAUUCUCCAUCCAUGAGCAGGAAGAGAAGGAAGUCUGGACUAACGGACCCAGAAGUCUCUGCAGCUCAUCUCCUCCGUCUCCAUCAGCGGUUCCAGCUCCUGGACAAAGACAGCAGUGGAAGCCUCAGGUCGGUUCUGUUUGGGUCUCAGGUCCGAGGACUUGGAGGCGGCGCUGUCUGAGAAUCCCAUCGGAGUCCGAAUCGUCGGAGCUUUUUUCCAGCUGGGACAGGAAAUGGUGGACUUUCCCUCGUUUGUCCGGAUUCUGGCUCACUUCCGUCCCACGGAGAAAAACCGGACCGGAGACGGCGUGCAGCCGGAUCCGGGAACUCAAAUUUGCCUUCCAGCUGUACGACCGGGACCGAGACGGAAAGAUCUCCAGAACCGAGCUGCUGCAGGUGCUGAGGGAGAUGCUGGGGCUGCAGGUGACGGAGGAGCAGCUGCAGAGCAUCGCGGAGCGCGCCAUCCAGGAGGCCAACCUAGACCGGGACGACACCAUCUGCUUCGACGAGUUCAGGAAGGCGGGUCCGGUUCGGCUCCCAGAACGGGUUCCUCCUCCUCCAUCAGGAGGGGACGUCGCUGGAGAAAGUGAACAUCAAUCACAAGCUGAGCGUUCGCUUCCUGGAGUAAAGACUCUAAGAAGAAAGAUUUCAUUCACCUGGGACCUGUUGGAGCGACUCGUUCCUAACGAGUCGCACCUGCUGCUGUUCCAGGAUGAAGACUCGCUCGUCCUGGAACCGUUUCCUCCAGAUUAACCCAACAUGGCUUCAGGAGAGAAUCCAGAGCGAAAUAUGUCAAACCUUUAUUUCUUAAUGUUAAUGAUUGUGGCCGACAGGAUGAAAGUCUCACCUGUGAAAUCUCACAGGUUGUGAAAUCAACCUGUAAAUUUUAUCUGACAUUAUUUAUCUAUAAUCCAUUCCCUAACAUUCUUGU